AUGGACCAUCCCUACCUGCUCUGCAAUGUUUUGUAAUCGUAUUUACCAGAGUUAAGAUUUAAAUUUUAUAAAUAAGAAAUGCUGCGACGAGCCCAGUGCCUUCUGCGAAUGCACAGCAGCACUAGCCGGCAGUCGCUCUGUGCCGCACAGCGCGUACCCGUUGCACUCCACAAACAUUACUCAGCUGACGAGGCGAAUCGGGAUGGAAAACAGAAUCCGAAUGCAAAGCGUGCCGGCACAGGUGGCUCCAAGAGCCUGCCAGCUGUGCGGAAUGUGUUUGCAACGGCACAGGACAAGACGAAGGACACGUACCUAACCAUGGUGGAGAUCUUCGGGGAGCGCGAUGUGCACAGGCGCAACCAUGUCGAGUUCAUCUACGCGGCACUGAAGCACAUGCCCGACUUUGGCGUGGAGAACGACCUAGAGGUGUACAAGGCGCUGAUCAAUGUGAUGCCCAAGGGAAAGUUCAUACCGACGAACCUGUUCCAGGCCGAAUUCAUGCACUAUCCCAAGCAGCAGCAGUGCAUCAUCGACCUGCUGGAGCAGAUGGAGGACUUUGGCGUCAUGCCCGACUACGAGAUGGAGGCCAUGCUGCUGAAUGUGUUCGGCAACAAGGGGCACCCACUGCGCAAGUACUGGCGGAUGAUGUACUGGAUGCCCAAGUUCAAGAACCUCUCCCCCUGGCCUCUGCCCAACCCAGUGCCCGACGACACGCUGGAAAUCGCCAAGCUGGCCGUCGAGCGGAUGUGCACUGUGGAUCUGCGGUCGCAGAUUAACGUAUUCGAGACGAAGGAGCUGAACGACGCCGUGGACGAGACAUGGAUCGUGAGCGGCAUGAGCCCGGAGCAGUCGAAGCUGUUGCGUGAACAUUCGCGGCAAAAGGCGCUCUACAUCGAAGGCCCCUUCCACAUAUGGAUAAGGAAUCGUCGGAUAAACUACUUCACCCUGCGCGCUGAUGCUGAUGCGGAGUUCCUGGCCCAGCUGGACGAACGGCAGCUGGACGAGGAUGAUGUGUCGAACAUUGAGGUGCCCUUUUUCGGUCGCCCACCACCGCGACGCCACAAUCAGCUGGGUAAGCUGCGAUCGGUACACCAGCAGGAUGAUGGCACGAUUUUUGCCAUCUGCGCCACUGGCACCUCCACCAAGGACUCGCUACUCUCAUGGAUACGACUGCUCGAAGCGAAUGGCAAUCCCUCCAUAGGCGAGGUGCCCGUCCUUUUCAGGUUCACAUCCACAGUGCCCGCCAAAUCGGAGGAGAUCGAGGGACCGACCAGUGUUCCAGCGACCAGCAGUGAUAGCCCUAGUCGUAGCCGUAAGGAGGAUGAGCCGAGCGUUAGUUAAUUUAUUAAAUAAAUUCAUUGUUGAGCAAA